AUGCAUUUUGAGGGUGUCUUUCGUUCUCUUCUGUUCAUUGGAGCCGUGGUCACUGCCCAGGCAUACCAAGCCUCCGCUCCGGGCGAUGGCGAUCCGGGCGAUGUAAAGGAACCAGACUAUCCCGCACGAUGCUACCCCGAUCCAUGCAAGGGCAUUGUCUUUACCAAUGAAUCAUAUGUCUGCGGCAAUGAUACCCUUGGCCCCGUCCAACUUCCUCGGAAUUUCCCUUUGUCGACUGAACUCGCCACAUACGCCCGAUUUGGCGAUCUGUGCCCGUACGAGUUCCUUCAAAAGUGGACUUGGGAUAACGGAUCCUAUCAUUAUCCGGACGAGGAGGGAUUUGUGAUCGCAAGUGAUGGGCAGCCCGUCGAGGCUGACGUGACACUCCCUGUUGGCCGAAAGAUUGAUCGCUUUGGAUCUCCAACGGGAAAUUUCUUUAGUCCAUUGGGUGCGCCGUAUAUUGAGAGAGCGCUACCACCUCGCAACUUGAACAAUAGUGAUGGCAGCUACCCUUACAGCUAUCGUGUCUACGAGGUGACAAUGGAGCUGAAUGUCACCCUUGGGCCCAUUGCUCCGUGGUUUGAGCAGCCAGGAAUGGGAACGCAGUUUAAGACGAGCAGCGGUGCUGAUCAACUUGUAACAGACGGAUUUCUCAAGGAGCUUACCCUAUCGGAGUAUGAUCAACCUAAAGAUUUUGCAGACAAUUACACACCCGGUCCAAACUCCUGA